GCAUCUUCUGCUCAGUCUCGAAGUUUCUACACCUCUCUGCAUUUACGUGGAUCACCUCGAUUCGCUUUCACGUACGUCUUCUACAUAAAGCAGAACCACCGCACGAAAACCAACCCCAACGAUCAUCGAAUUUGUGCAGCCAUGGCGUCCCGGCUCGCUCUCAGGAGAGCUCUUGCCUCGGCUAUCUCCGGCAACAAGCUCGCAAGCCCGGUCCGGUCGGCUUCGGUGGCUCCGUUUAUGACGGGGACACGCUCCUUCAACACCGGCAUUCAGGUGACCAGAGCCGACGAAGGGAGCGAAGCCGUCGACGUCGACCGGACCCCUGACCGCUCUGUCUCUCGCCGCCGUGAUCGCUCUCUCGCUCCUUUCUCUGAUUUCUUCGACCCCUUCGCUCCGACGAGGAGCUUGAGCCAAGUCCUGAACCUCAUGGACCAGCUAAUGGAGGACCCUCUCCAGGCAUUCCGCGGCGGGUCCAGGAGAGGGUGGGAGGUGAAGGAGGACGACAAGGCCCUUCAACUCCGGAUCGACAUGCCCGGGCUUAGCAAGGGCGACGUGAAGGUGGUGGUGGAGCAGAACACCCUGAUCAUCAGGGGAGAAGGCGGGGACCCGGAAGCGGGCGAGGAGGGCCGCCGGAGGUACUCCGGCAGGAUCGACCUUCCCCCGAACGUGUACAAGCUGGACGAGAUAAAGGCGGAGAUGAGGAAUGGAGUGCUGAAGAUUGUGGUGCCCAAAGCGCAGGAAGGAGAGAGGAAGGACGUGUUGGAGGUUCCGGUGGCGUAAGAAGAGAGCAAGUGUAUGUUUGUGCGUGUGUGCAUAGGUUUGAAUGUAACCCAACUUUGUGUUCUAGUUUAAGAAUAAUGAAGACUGCGAGCAAAUAUUAGAU